AUGGCCGAUUCGUCCUUGGAAUAUCAUAAUAAAUUAUCCGGUUCUCUCGAACAUGACCGCUCCGAAGUCUGGCGAGAAGACGCUAAUUCCUCUUCUGAAGAAGCUGAAGCCUCAACUCUGGCUGAAAUUCCUCGAGCAAAGGAUCCAAAGACCAUAUACUUUCCCGCCGAUCAAACCGAAGAAACUCCGUCAGAAGGAGGGAAAAAUGGUAAAGCCAAGUUUAAGAGGGUCAACUAUACUGACGUUGCUCAGGAAAGUCCUGCCCCGGGCAAAGGGGCUGAUGAAGCCGCAGCUGCCAAACAGACUGGGCCUUCUGCUACCCCUAAAAGGGGGUCUAAACGCGGCUCGACGCAGACUGAGAAGGUCACAAAGGCUUCCUUGGCUGCGAAGAAGGCUGGGAAGCGCGUUGUGGAGCCCACUGCUGAAACCGCGAAGAAGGUUUCUAAGAAAGAAGUUGGGAAGAAGAGGCCUACCGAGGUUACUGCUAAAGGGGCGAAGAAGAAGCAGCGUAUCAUGGAAUUGACGCAGAAGACCGCGUCUGUGGAGGUCGCUGCUACGGGUUCUGAGGAGAAUCCAAUGACCUAUGAUCUUUCGUUUAACUUUAAGGCGAAAUAUCACAUUGCGACUAUCCCUCAGGUAUGCGCCGAACUAUGUUUCAUGAUCCCUUGCAGCACAGAGUAUGACUUUCCAGAGCCAGAUGACUUGAUCGAAAAGGAAGCGUACCAGUUGUUCUCAGGGAGCGUAAUAGAGAUAAUCACGCAUGGGAACCUGAUUAUCAAAAAAUACGAUCGUCGGUCUUGGCGGCUUCUAAAGAAGCUCGAAGGUUAUCCAAACGCGAAGAAUGAGGCUGCGAAGGUUCCCGGUCUUGAGAAGAAGAUCGCUACUCAGAUCUCCGCGUUGAACGACCUCUCUCUGAAGGCUGAAGAAGCAAGACAGAGGGCAAAAUAUACCGAAGAGGAGCUCGAGAAGAUGAGGGCGGAGAAAGAGUCUCUGCAAUCUUUCCAUGAGCUGGAGAUGACUCGCCUUCAGGCUUCCCGAGAGUAUGAGGUUAAUCAGAUCAUCGCGAAGUGCGAUGCUAAGCUUCAGAAGAUCAAGGAGUCGAUCUCGGACAACGAGGAGAUGAGUAGGCUUAGUGCCUUGAUGAGCCAAGCGAUGGCCAUCAAUGACUACUUUACCGGUCUCAAGAAGGAGGGAACCGCUGUCUCGGAUGACCGGUUUAAGGCGCUCGAUGCGAACUUUAAAAACGUUGAGUUGGAGUUCAAAGUUUUGGACGUUGAGGAAGUCACCGAAGACGACUUCAGGAUGACUCCUCCUCAUUGA